AUGCCGCCGCGGCCGUCACCUACGCACUUCUUAUGCUUACCACUUGUUACGGGGCAAUCCCGCCACCAACUCUCGGCAAGUCUAUCAGCCUUUAGCAGAGAUGUGACAAGCACAGACAGUUUCGCUGUUCCAGAGCAAGCUAUUCGACCAUUAGGUACACUUCACCUUACAAUUGGCGUUAUGAGCUUUCCAAGGGAUGAUGGUUUAGAUAAGGCGGUGGCGCUCUUAAAGACACUGGUACCUAGGAAAAUAAUGGCGAGCAUCAACGCAGCCGAAACAGGACAAGAGCCAGCUAGGCCGCUGUCCCCUUUACUAUCUGUAACGCUGAAAGGCUUACAUUCAAUGCAGCCAACAUCAUCUAAGGCGUCGGUGCUUUACGCUUCACCGGUCGAUAGUGAAGGUACUCUAUUGCGAUUUUGCGAGAAUCUGCGAUCAACCUUUCAGGAAGCCGGACUGAUGGCGGAAGAAAAUCGACCCUUGCUACUGCAUGCUACUAUUAUGAACACGAUAUACGUCAAAGGGAGAAAUCGCAAAGGUGGGAAACGACAUGAGAAGUUGACAAUCGAUGCAAGGGAUAUACUAGACCGCUAUGAUGAUUAUGUAUGGAUGAAGGAUGUCCCGGUAGAGAAAAUUGCGAUAUGUAAGAUGGGGGCGAAGAAGCAAGAAGAUGGUGAUGAAGCGUACGAAAUUGAAGCAGAAAUUGAGUUAACUUGA